CAUUAAUUAGUAGUGCUGGCUCUUAUCUUUUUCUCCUUAACUUCUCCCCCACCCCAAGCUUCCGUAUCUUCACUCCUUCCGGACAACUUUCCAAGAUUUCGAGGUAUUUUAAGGUGACCCAAUUCACAGGAAGAUGUAACAACAAAAACCAGCAACUCAUAUUACACCAGACCAGAUAUUUCAUUUUCCACCCCAGCCCUUAGAACCAAUAUUUCUUUGCUUGCUUGCUUGCCUUUGGAGUAUAUAGCAGCUCUCAUCGAUCGAUCUCCUAGUACAAUAGAGAACUGCAUGGUACUAGAUUUUGUUGAAGGUUUGAGUGAUGAUCAGCAUGAAAAUAAUGGAUUCUUUUGUUUUGAACCAACAAAGCAACCAUGGGAUCAUGGAUGAGGAGAAAAAGGGUCUUGACCAUGACGGUGCUGUUUCAUCUUCCUCAGAAGUUUCGAGUGCUGUGUCUUCUGAAGACUCAGAUUUGUUUGAAGACUCAGAUUUGUUUGAAGAAGUCAAUUCUUCUGCCUCUUCUAGUACUCCUACUUCACCUACCUCAGCCUCAGCAAGUUCAUCAUCCGAUCAGCUUACAUCUGGAGACUCUGGACCUUUGCAAGACAUGUCCUCUCUCCUUCAAGAGCUUCCGUUCAAGAGAGGAUUAUCAAAACAUUAUAACGGGAAAUCACAGUCAUUUACAUCUUUGGCAAAUGUGAGAAGUUUGGAAGAUCUUGCCAAACCUGAGAACCCUUAUAAUAAGAAGCUGAAAUCAUGCAAAAGCUAUGGACUGUUUGAUAGUCAUCAUGGAUCACCAGGCCAUCCUAUUGCUAGGAGCAAUCAUCAUAGUGGUACUUCUUCAUCAAGGCUAAUGUCAAAGAAGGCAUCAAGAGGCUCCUGUUCUUCACUUUGUCUAAAGAGAAAUUCUAGCUUUAUAGGAAAUAGACCCCCUCUCCCACCUCCCCACAGAUCUACCAGUACUAGUAGCUUUACCUCUCAAACGCCCUUGUUUGCUUUAGGCGUCUGAACACUUUUGAAGCAUUUAAUUUUCCAGCAGUCUCUGUGCUGCAUGAUGAUCAUGUUUUCAUUUGUCCUCCCAUCUUCUUACAGAAAAUAGUAGUGUUACCGAACAAUUAUGUGUGGCAUC